UUAGCCAGCAAAAAACACUCUCAUCUCUCUCUUUCUUUCCCAUUCCUUUUACAUUUUUUUGUUUAUAUUAUAUGCACCACUACACAUCUUUUUCUCUCUCUCUCUUCAUAGUUUUGUGUAGCUGAGAAAGUGUCUUCUCUUUCAAAAAUCUUUUUCAUAUAUUUCAUCACUUUGCAGCCCUUCAAUUAAUCACCUUAACUGAUUCAUAUUCUAGCUUCCUCUUCUGUUUUUGGGGUUCUUCUCUGAUAAAAUAUAUCAAAUUUCAAUCUAUAGUGGAAGAAUAAACAUAUAUAUGUAUAUUUAAGCUCCCUUUCUCUUCUUUCAAAUUCUGAAUUCUUCAUUGGUUGAGUGUGUUUUUCUUUUUCUAUUUUGGUUUUGUUCCCUGUGUUGUUGCUAGCACAUCAUAUACUAUAGAUUGAAAUCAUUUCUGGGAAUAUAGGUGAUUGAUAAAAUGCCCCAGAAUAGCAUUUUCCGAGACCAAUCAUCGAAUCAGAUUCCUGAUCUUUCCCUUCACAUUAGCCUCCCAAACAGUGCUCCUUCUUCAAUUUGCACUGGAGGGGAUUCACCCUUUGAUACAUGGCCACAACAAGCAGAUGAAGAUGACUAUGCUGAAGGCUUCAAAUCCCACAGUGAUGGUUCAAUCAAAGGUUGUAGCCCUUACCACACAGACACACAACUUUCUUUAGCAAACUCUACAACUGCUUUCACUGCUACUCCCUCUGAGGCUGACAGCACCUGGAGGAAGAGAAACUUUGUUAGACUCAGCCAUCAUCAUGGGGUUUCUGAUGGUCAAAUAAGACUCAUCAAUGGAAUCCCUCUCUACAGUAACCUUUCAUCUUUGGACAACACCAGUACUGCUCCCUCAAUAGAGAGAAGCCCCACCAACAAGUUUUCCUUUCCUUCUCUAUAUUCACUUCCACACCCUCCUUAUUCUGCCAAUUCUGCUCCUAACUAUAGCUAUAAUGGUGCUGUUGGGGGUGUGGCAGCAGAACCAAUCUCAAGGUUUCAUGAUAUAACCAUGGAGAAUACUCCAAGGCCCCAACAGUUUCAGUACUUUGAUUACCCUCAGCAGCAGCAGCAGUUUGGGAAUAGUACAAAUUUUGGAGCUUCUGAAUUUUCUAAUGGAUUUGUGAGGUCAAGAAUGUUGCCAAGGCAACAAAGUAGUAAGAGGAACAUGAGGGCUCCGAGAAUGCGUUGGACUAGUUCUCUUCACAACCGCUUUGUUCAUGCUGUUGAACUACUUGGUGGCCAUGAAAGGGCUACUCCUAAGUCAGUUUUGGAACUAAUGGAUGUGAAAGAUCUAACACUAGCUCAUGUGAAGAGUCAUUUGCAGAUGUAUCGGACUGUUAAGAACACUGACAAACCUGCACCUUCUUCAGAUGGGGAUGAGGAUUUCAUGUCCAUAACAGUCCCAAAUAAUCAAAAUAAGAAUUUUUUACCCAAUCAGAGAGGAGCUCCAAAUGCAUCCAUGGAUCAUGAUAUGGGCCACACUUCCAGAAAUCUAUGGGCUAAUUCUUCUACCAGAAAUAACUGCAUGCAGAUGGCUUAAAUGUAAGUAUAGUCCUUUCUCUGAUCAGGUACGAAUGAAAUAAAUGCACAUUGACCAUCACAAGUGUUUGUUUUAAUGUACUAUAAUGUUCUAAUAUCAGUAAACCUAAUUAUAAGACUGAACUUGUAAUCUUUACUUUACCAGAUGAAGAAUAUAUACCUACUUUUGAAAGUUUUAAAUGGAGAAAAAAAUUUAAGAUUAUAAGUGAAAUAUACUUGUUGGAACAUAUUAUAUGAUAUAUAGAAACGAUACCUUUUUAAUGUUUGUGUUGUUUGCAUCAUAUUCAUUCGACUUAGAUCUUACGAAAAUGAAAGCAUAAAGUAUUUUUUAUUCAAAGCAAAUGUUCUCUGUAUUUUAUCUUCAAAAGUUAAUAAAGUAGGUAGCAUGUGUUCAGUGGAGUAGAGAAGAAUUAAAGCUAAUUCACACUGCAGAAGAACUAAAGCUGUACGUAUACAGAAUUUCAUAGAACCAUCAUGUUUAAAUGUUGGUAAUCAUGACUUCAUGGUCGUAAUUAAUUCAGCUCUUUCACCUCAGACAACAGAUUAGUACAACUUUUCUUUUACAAUAAUGAAAGAUAAGAAAGAGAGAGAAGUGAGAGAUUGAAUCAUACAGUAAAAGAAAUGGAGAAUGAAAAGAAAAUAUUGUUCAAAACCCAUAAGAGAUUAUCAUAUCUGUCUUUUCAACUAGUAAGAAUAACAUUAACAAGAUAUUUUAAAAAAUCAAUGGAUAUAUAUACUUAAAA